CCUCAGCCUCCAGGCCCACUGAUGGAUCCGCUGACCAAGGGGUCCUGUGGGAGUCAGAUGGCCCAAACCCUUCUCUGGAAAGCAAAGUCAUCUCUCUCCUUCGGCAUCCAGCCCCUUCAGACGUGGCCAGCGAAAGACCCCGAACUAGAGUCCCAGGUCAACCUCUCUGUCUCGGAAGACCUAGGCUGUAGACGUGGGGAUUUCAGUAGGAAACAUUAUGGAUCUGUGGAGCUGCUCAUUUCCAGUGAUGCCGACGGAGCCAUCCAGAGGGCCGGGAGGUUCCGGGUGGAGAAUGGCUCCUCAGAUGAGAAUGCAACGGCGCUGCCCGGCACUUGGCGAAGGACGGACGUGCACUUGGAGAACCCAGAAUACCACACCAGAUGGUAUUUCAAGUAUUUUUUAGGACAAGUCCAUCAGAACUACAUUGGAAACGACGCAGAGAAGAGCCCCUUCUUCUUAUCUGUGACUCUCUCCGACCAAAACAAUCAGCGCGUCCCUCAGUACCGGGCGAUUCUUUGGAGGAAAACGGGUACCCAGAAAAUAUGCCUUCCCUACAGUCCCACAAAAACUCUGUCUGUGAAGUCCAUCUUAAGUGCCAUGAAUCUGGACAAAUUUGAGAAAGGCCCCAGGGAGAUUUUUCAUCCUGAGAUACAAAAGGACUUGCUGGUUCUUGAAGAACAAGAGGGCUCUGUGAAUUUCAAGUUUGGGGUUCUCUUUGCCAGAGACGGGCAGCUCACUGACGACGAAAUGUUCAGCAACGAAAUUGGAAGUGAAGCUUUUCAAAAGUUUUUAAAUCUCCUGGGUGACACAAUCACGCUAAAGGGCUGGACAGGCUACCGCGGCGGUCUGGACACCAAAAAUGACACCACAGGCAUACAUUCGGUGUAUACGGUGUACCAAGGGCACGAGAUCAUGUUCCAUGCUUCCACCAUGUUGCCGUAUUCCAAAGAGAACAAGCAGCAGGUGGAGAGGAAGCGCCACAUCGGCAAUGACAUCGUGACCAUCGUGUUCCAGGAGGGAGAGGAGACGUCGCCUGCCUUCAAGCCUUCCAUGAUCCGCUCCCACUUUACACAUAUCUUUGCCUUAGUGAGGUAUGACCAACAAAAUGACAACUACAGGCUGAAAAUAUUCUCAGAAGAAAGCGUCCCACUCUUUGGCCCACCCUUGCCAUCCCCACCGGUGUUUACAGACCACCAGGAAUUCAGGGACUUUUUGCUAGUGAAAUUAAUUAAUGGUGAAAAAGCCACUUUGGAAACCCCCACCUUUGCCCAGAAACGCCGGCGUACUCUGGAUAUGUUGAUUCGAUCUUUAUACCAGGAUUUGAUGCCGGAUUUGCAUAAGAACAUGCUCAACAGACGAUCCUUUAGUGAUGUUUUACCAGAAUCGCCCAAGUCAGCACGGAAGAAAGAGGAGGCCCGCCAGGCAGAAUUCGUCAGAAUAGGGCAGGCACUAAAACUGAAGUCCACGAUGCGAGGAGACGCCCCCUCCAGCUUGGCAGCUUCGGGGAUCUGCAAAAAGGAGCCUUGGGAGCCCCAGUGUUUCUGCAGUAAUUUCCCCCACGAAGCCGUGUGUGCAGAUCCCUGGGGCCAGGCCUUGCUGGUUUCCACUGAUGCUGGCGUCUUGCUAGUGGAUGAUGACCUCCCCCCAGUGCCCGUGUUCGACAGAUCGCUGCCAGUGAAGCAGGUGCACGUGCUGGAGACGCUGGACCUCCUGGUUCUCAGAGCAGACAAAGGGAAGGACGCCCGCCUCUUUGUCUUCAGGCUCAGUGCCUUGCAGAAGGGCCUCCAGGCCAAGCAGGCCGGGAAGGGCAGGUCCGACUGCAGAGAGAACAAGCUGGAGAAGACGAAAGGCUGCCACCUGUAUGCCAUCAACACCCACCACAGCAGGGAGCUGAGGAUUGUGGUCGCCAUCCGGAACAAGCUGCUUCUGAUCACGAGGAAACAGAGCAAGCCGAGCGCGGCCCCCGGCAUCUCACCCUUGUCCCCCGUGUCCGAGUCACCCGUCGAAGAAUUCCAGUACAUCAGGGAAAUCUGUCUGUCCGACUCCCCCGUGGUGAUGACCCUCGUGGACGGGCCGACGGAAGAGAGUGACAACCUCAUCUGUGUGGCUUACCGACACCAAUUCGAUGUGGUGAACGAGAGCACUGGAGAGGCCUUCAGGCUGCACCACGUGGAGGCCAACAGGGUUAAUUUUGUCGCAGCUAUCGAUGUGUAUGAAGAUGGAGAGGCUGGCUUGCUGCUGUGCCACAACUACAGCUGCAUCUACAAAAAGGUCUGCCCAUUUAACGGCGGCUCCUUCUUGGUUCAACCCUCCGCGUCCGACUUCCAGUUCUGUUGGAACCAAGCUCCUUACGCGAUUGUCUGUGCUUUCCCGUAUCUCCUGGCCUUCACCACCGACUCCAUGGAGAUCCGCCUGGUGGUGAACGGGAACCUGGUCCACACGGCCGUCGUGCCGCAGCUACAGCUGGUGGCCUCCAGGUCGGACAUCUACUUCACAGCAGCCGCGGCCGGGAACGCGGUCUCAUCCGGAGGCAGCUCCAAGGGGGCCAGUGCCCAAGGCUCCCCCCUGACACCCCCGGGCCGAGACGCGCCAGCAUUUCCUUCUUCCCUGGGGGAAGGUGAAAUCCAGUCCAAAAAUCUGUACAAGAUUCCACUGAGGAACCUCGUGGGCAGGAGCAUCGAGCGACCUCUGAAGUCACCCUUGGUCUCCAAGGUCAUCACCCCACCCACCUCCAUCGGCGUUGGCAUCGCGGCCAUUCCUGUCACUCACUCCCUGUCCCUGUCUCGCAUGGAGAUUAAAGAAAUAGCAAGCAGGACGCGCAGGGAGCUGCUGGGCCUCUCGGAUGAAGGUGGACCCAGGUCAGAAGGGACGCCAAGGGCUAAAUCAAAAGCCAGGAAGCGGCUAGAGGAGAGCCAAGGAGCCCCUAAGCCAGGGACCGUGAGGUCGACUAGCAGUGACAGGAUCACAUCAGGCUCCUUGGAAAGUGCUCCCACGUGCGAAGCCACGGCCGAGGGGCGCGGCCAGGAGCCUGCGGUGGACGGGGAGGGCGGCGCGGCCUGCGGCAGCAGCCCCUGCCCGCUCACAGCCUCCUCAGAUGAAGAGGCCAUCGACUUGAAGUGA